AUGACUCACUCGACUAGACUGGCAUUUUCUGCUGUAUUGAUUGUGUGUUGGGAUUUGUCAGUCGGGAGAUUUACCAAAGACGCAAAAAUUCUUUCGAUUAACCAAGCACGAAUGAAGGCUGGUGGAGGAAAUAGAGCGGUGACUCCCCAGACUCCGCUGAAACCGUGUAACUCUGAUGUGUUCGGUCCAAGAGGUUUUCCUGGUCCAAUCGGUCAGACUGGAAUGCCUGGCGUACCUGGACCUGCCGGUCCUCCUGGAUCUUUAGGAAGAACGGGAGAACCAGGUCCCGUUGGUCCUCGUGGCUUACCUGGAGAAAGGGGAAUGAAAGGUGAAAAAGGAAUGCCUGGAGUAGGACAAAAGGGUGGCUCUGGUGUACGCGGCAAAGCAGGUCCGAAAGGAGACAAAGGAAAGCAAGGAGAUGGCGGUCUGCAAGGAUCACCUGGACUUGUUCCUAUGAAAGAAAUCGAGGAAUUAAAGCAACUCGUCGGCAACUUGACCGAGAGCGUGUUGUCGAUACAGCAACAGGUAGUUAGUCUCAACAACACAUUGAAGUCUGUGAAGUUGCAGGUUACAGUUGGCUGGAAAGUUGUUAACGACAGCAAGACGCUGCAGUUACCUCGUGGCAAUCGAGUCGAGACGACGUUCAGUAUAUCAGACUACGGUUUCGAUCCAUCAAAAUAUGAAUUUGAUGAAGUGCAAGUGGAUGCCCAAACUGCUGGAGAUCUGAACAACAGUCAUGAAACUUUAGUAACGUACUUCAAUUCAAAUCAGAUUGACCAACCACGAAAUUACGACUAUUCUCUUCGUCGAGUGCAUUCUUAUCCAAUUGAGAAGAAAGUGAGCGCCACUUCGUUUAAACUCGCUGCUCACACUACGCCUUCGGUAAACAGUGGGUAUAUCAAAUUUACAUUAGUGAGAUUUCGAGUGACACUAAAAUAG